GGGGGGAGCGGAGGGGGGCCCGGUGCGGAGCCGCCCGGGAGCGGGACCCGCGUCCACCGCCCGCGAACCGGGGGGCAGCGGCGGCCGGAGCCGCCAUGGCCUCGCAGAACGCGGAUCCCGCCGCCGUGUCCCGCAAAGCGGCUGAGGCGGGGGCCACGGCGGCCCGCGGCGCGGUGGGGAAGAGGCUGCAGCAGGAGCUGAUGGCGCUCAUGAUGUCCGGUGACAAAGGCAUCUCUGCCUUCCCCGAGUCCGACAACCUCUUCAAGUGGAUCGGGACCAUCAACGGCGCCGUGGGCACGGCCUACGAGGAGCUGCGGUACAAGCUGUCACUGGAGUUCCCCAGCGGGUACCCCUACACCGCACCCACGGUGCGGUUCCUGACCCCCUGCUACCACCCCAACGUUGACACCCAAGGCAACAUCUGCCUCGACAUCCUCAAGGACAAGUGGUCGGCCCUCUACGACGUCCGCACCAUCCUGCUUUCCAUCCAGAGCCUGCUGGCAGAGCCGAACAUCGAGAGCCCCCUGAACACACACGCUGCUGAGCUCUGGAAGAACCAAACCGCCUACAAGAAGUACGUGCGGGAGACUUACGCAAAGCAGACCCACAGCCAGGACAAGUGACCGGCAGGACCACGGCCCCCCCGCCCCGGCCCCUGCCCCUGCCCCUGCCCAGCCGCUGCCCCGGCUUCUGUAUCAUAGCUAUUAUUAAAUUAAUGUUGCAGCCUGAGCCACGGUUGAUGUAUAAAUAAAAGCAUGUUUAGAACU